UCUCCUGAUCAGACUUCGAAACCCAGCAGCAGCACCACCUCUUUCCAACAGAUUGAACAGCACCAAAUUGUACGCCGCCGUCAAGACUCGCCGCAGCGCCGCCGCUCACGGCAGUGCUCCCUAACCGAUCCCAACGUUCUCAGUCUUUUUCGAGAGAGAGAAACUGAGAGAGAGAGAGAGAAGGAGAGAGACAAAAAACCGAGAAAAAUCCACGGAUCUGAGCCAGUGUCGUUUCCCACUCACCUCUCUUUGUAACUCUGUUUUUUCUUACAGUUUCUUUCGAAAAGGGUUAAAAGGGUUUUUCCUUAAAAUUUUCUCUCUCCUCCCUGAAAAUUUUUAGUGAGAGAAAGUUAAAAGGACAGAGAGAGAGAGAGUCAACCGAUCUUUUCUGUGCUUUUUGGUUGUAUGUAUAUGUAAGGCUUCGAAUAGUCCACAUAUUGCGUAUUAUCUUCACCCUUUUUCUCUCUCCUCUCUCUCUCUCUCUGUAGACCUUUUUGAGGCCUUUCUUUUUCUUCAUCCUUUGAGCUCAUGAAAACAAAUGCUUUUAAAAGUCUAGUCAAGCAUGCAGAGAAAGAGAUAACUCAGAAGAACUAGGGUUUGUUUUCAUAAGAGCAUUUGAGUUUCGUUAGUCUUUUUACAGGGAGAAACAGAGAGAGAGAGAGAGAGAGAGAGAACGAAGUGCUAAGCAGCAAUAAAAGGGUUUUUUUUUUCUUCUUUGCUUGCCUUCUUUCUCUUUCUUUCUCUCAGAAAAUCACACCAGAGAGGAAGUUGGAGACAUUUGGGUUGUGUUUACCCUUGUGUCUCCUCUACCUCUCUUCUCCCCAAUUUUCUUUCUUUUUUUUUCUUUCCCCAAAUUAAUCUUUUGUUUUUCUGUGUAUAGUACAACAAACACUGAUUUUUGGUUGUUGUUUCUCUACAAAUUUCCGAGUUGGGUAAAAAAGAAAAUGAUGCUAAUCUGUGAAUGCAAUUGUCAUGUACACUCGUUCAACAAGUGUUUGUAGAUUUGUCUAGGAGAGAGUGAAGCAAUCUAGAGAGAGAAACAGGGUGAGAGAAAGGGUGGGUGACUGAGUGAGUUGCCUUAUUUACAGACAAAAAAAAGGGCCUAUUUCAUGAGUUUUGGGGGUUUUCUUGACAAUCACAGUGGCGGUGGCGGUGGCGGUGCUAGAAUCGUCGCCGACAUACCUUACAGCAACAACCACAAUAUGCCCACUGGUGUAAUCUCUCAGCAACGCCUCGUCUCUCCUUCUCUUGCCAAGUCCAUGUUCAACUCUCCCGGACUCUCUCUAGCUCUCCAAACGAGUAUGGAGAGCCAAGGAGAAGCUACGAGGAUUCAAGAGAAUUACGAGACUAAUGUUGGAAGAAGAAGCAGAUCAGAAGCAGACCAUGAGAGCAGAUCUGGAAGCGACAACAUGGAUGGAGGCUCAGGGGACGAUCUUGACGGUGCCGACAAGCCACCCAGAAAAAAACGAUACCACCGACACACUCCGCAACAAAUCCAAGAACUCGAAGCUCUGUUCAAGGAGUGUCCUCAUCCGGAUGAGAAACAAAGGUCGGAGCUCAGCAAGAGGCUUUGCUUGGAAACCAGACAAGUCAAGUUUUGGUUUCAAAAUCGCCGAACCCAAAUGAAGACCCAGCUUGAGAGGCACGAGAACUCGAUUCUCCGGCAAGAAAACGACAAGCUCCGGGCAGAAAACAUGUCGAUUCGGGAGGCAAUGAGGAACCCAAUUUGCACCAACUGUGGUGGUCCCGCAAUCAUCGGUGACAUAUCGUUGGAGGAGCAACACCUCCGUAUUGAAAACGCAAGACUUAAAGAUGAGUUGGAUCGGGUUUGCGCGCUCGCCGGAAAAUUCCUUGGCCGCCCCAUUUCCACGUUGGCGGCCUCGAUGCCACCCGGAUUGCCGAACUCGAGCCUGGAACUCGGUGUAGGAAGCAAUGGUUUUGGCGGGCUGGGCACGGUGGCCACAACUCUGCCAUUGGGUCCUGAUUUCGGGAUUUCUAGUGGUUUACCGGUGGUGGCUCCGCCUAGAGCCCCCGCCGAGAGAUCUAUAUUUUUGGAACUUGCAUUGGCUGCAAUGGAGGAACUUGUUAAGAUGGCUCAGACUGAUGAGCCACUUUGGUUCAGGAGCUUUGAAGGAGGGAGAGAGAUCAUGAACCAUGAAGAGUACUUGAGGACAUUCACUCCUUGCAUUGGUUUGAAACCCAAUGGUUUUGUCACUGAGGCUUCAAGAGAGACUGGUAUGGUCAUCAUCAACAGUUUGGCGCUUGUGGAGACAUUAAUGGACUCAAAUCGAUGGGCAGAAAUGUUCCCUUGUAUGAUUGCUAGAACUACUACUACUGAUGUGAUAUCCGGUGGUAUGGGAGGAACUAGAAAUGGUGCACUUCAACUGAUGCAUGCGGAGCUGCAAGUACUCUCACCACUGGUACCUGUUCGGGAGGUGAAUUUCCUGAGGUUCUGCAAGCAGCAUGCGGAGGGAGUGUGGGCAGUGGUGGAUUUGUCCAUUGAUCAUAUCCGGGAAACUUCGGGUGCACCACCGACAUUUGUGAGCUGCAGGAGGCUUCCUUCUGGCUGUGUGGUGCAAGAUAUGCCUAAUGGCUACUCCAAGGUAACAUGGAUAGAGCAUGCAGAAUAUGAUGAGAGGGUGAUUCACCAUCUGUACCGGCCGUUGAUCAGCGGUGGCAUGGGCUUUGGUGCUCAACGUUGGGUUGCCACCCUUCAACGCCAGUGCGAAUGCCUAGCCAUCCUCAUGUCUUCCUCCGUACCGUCCAGAGAUCAUACUGCGAUAACUGCAAGCGGGCGUCGGAGCAUGCUGAAGCUGGCACAGCGUAUGACAGACAACUUUUGCGCUGGCGUCUGUGCUUCGACAGUCCACAAAUGGAACAAACUUUCUGCCAGCAACGUGGAUGAGGAUGUCCGGGUCAUGACCUCCAUGAGCGUUGACGAUCCCGGGGAGCCGCCGGGAAUCGUCCUGAGUGCGGCAACAUCUGUUUGGCUGCCGGUUUCUCCGCAAAGACUGUUCGAUUUUCUGAGGGAUGAGAGGCUGAGAAGUGAGUGGGACAUUUUGUCGAAUGGUGGUCCUAUGCAAGAAAUGGCUCACAUCGCUAAAGGUCAAGAUCACGGCAAUUGUGUCUCCCUCCUCCGUGCCAGCGCGAUGAACGCAAACCAGAGCAGCAUGUUGAUACUACAGGAGACUUGCAUAGACGCGGCGGGUUCACUUGUGGUGUACGCGCCCGUUGACAUUCCGGCAAUGCACGUGGUGAUGAACGGUGGAGAUUCUGCCUACGUGGCGCUGUUGCCAUCAGGAUUCGCGAUCGUACCUGAUGGGCCUGAGUCACGUGGGCCUGUCGGAAAUGGGCCUGCUAAUGGGGCUUCUGGUGGUGUGCCGGCCCAGAGGGUGAGUGGGUCCCUCCUCACUGUGGCCUUUCAAAUCCUGGUGAAUAGUUUGCCUACGGCCAAGCUUACGGUGGAAUCUGUGGAGACCGUCAACAAUCUCAUAUCAUGCACCGUUCAGAAGAUCAAGGCCGCUCUUCACUGCGAAAGCUGAUCAUUCUCACGGUCACGUGACCUUCACGUGCCAAAAUGACAAAACACAAUUUUUAAAAUUUUAGCUAUAUGAUAUGUUACGUAUUUAAAAAAAAAUAAUAAUUAAAAGUAUUCAGAAUUAAAUCAGAAAAAAAUAUAUUUAAAUAGGAAUAACUUAAAAUAAUUAUAUUUUGAGUUGUUUUUAUUUAAAUAUAUAUUUUUUUGAUUUAAAUUUAUGGUGUAGAUUUAUAAUUGUUGUGGCAUACCACAAUCAAAAUAAAUCUAAGCUAUAAAUUUUGAAUUUUGAAUAUUUUAAUUUUAAUUUUUUUUUAGGUACGUAGCGCUGUUGUUUAGGUGUAGAGAACAAGACAUAUAUGUGUGUAUGUACGCGUUAAAGAGUGUUGGUGUGGGAGUGGAAAUUAUGGUGUGCUCUCAGCUGAAGUGUGGGGUGUGAGUCAAGAACGAACCGCAGUGUGGAAAUAUCCUUGCAGGGUGAUAAGAGCAAAAAUGGGGAACUGAGUUGACUCGGAAGGGAAUGGGUGUCUCUGAGUUCCUAACACAAUGCAAGGGUGGUGGUUCGGGUAUUGACUCAGGUUGACCCGGGAGCUGGGCUCGAAGCACUACUUGAGAAGGAAAAUGCGUAAAAGAAGUUUGAGUCGAGAUGAGUCGAGUCUCUCAAUGUCAUGACUUGUGACUCAUUAAAAAGAAGAAGUGAAAAUAGUUGGUGUUUCAUUUUGUUAUUAAUUUGACUACAUAUUUGAAAUUUGUUUUUAUGUUUUUGUUUUCGAAGUUUAUGUAUUGCAUUAUUUUUAUUAUAAAUAUUUUGUUGUGUUAGCUUCUGUUUA